AUGCUAACGAUCCUGACGGCGCGCAAGGCCAUCUACAACUCGGAGGACAACCAGAUCAACCUCAAGCAAUGGGUGGCACCAUUCAUAGCAGCCAACGACGGGGUGACCUUCAAGGACCCUUCUCUGGACGCCCCACCAGACAUCAUCCUGCGCCUGGCACGCCUGGCUCUCAGCUGCACCGCCAUGCCCACUGUGCUCCGCCCCAACAUGAUCAAAGUGCUGGCUGAAUUGGAGGCUCUGCGCGAGGAGGUCUGCGGUGCGACCGGGGAUCAGAUGGCGAGGCGGAUUGACCGGGAGAUUGACGACGCGCAGGGGCAUGACCUAGAGGAGGAGGUGGCGAAUGCAAUCAGAAUAGGGUCCAGUGGUGGGGGAGUGAGUGGGGAACGGAGUGAGUGA